AUGUAUGCACCAGGCACCCAAGAGUUUGAUCUUUUCCCCCGGCAGGCAGGCACGGCUUGUAUGAAGCCAAGUCUGUCGCAGCUUCCUAAUAGCUCCUGUUACGGGAUGGAUUGGCCAUGCAAACGGAGAGCAAACCAGCUUAGAGUUUCCUGGCACUGGGUCUGUCAUUGCUGGCCCACCGCCUCCGGAGGAAUAAAUGUCAGCAAGCCAGCAAGCAAGUCACCACCACCGGCCUGUCAACGAGGGUUACCUGACGAUCAAAAUCCAAUUUGCGCCUGUUUUGACAAGCACCCACCGGUGCGAUCGUCUACUGCUCACCCACUUUGUCGGGACCUUACUAUCGGACCAGUCCCUUACCACCCGAGUCGUGCUCGCGCGUCUGUCGGCGCUUCCGUGGGUGGACUCGCCGGGCAACAAGAAGAUAGCUCAGAUUCACAGCCCCAACAGAAAGCUCCGCUUCUGCCUUCUUUCAACCCGAUCGACCAUCCCCGGGGGAUCCCUGCUGGCACAUUGGAGCAAAGACUUUCUGCACGGAUCCCGACGGAGCCUGACUGGAACCGUCGACCGGUCCAGUGGAAGACCUCGAAUCUAGACAUCGAAGCUGCCUUGCUGACAGGCACACUGGUACAGAGGAAAGUUGACGCGGCGCACAGUCCUCUUCUUGGGCAUCUGGUCGUCAUGCGGUUCCGUCUACUCGUCACAGGCCACCACGGGCUGCGCUGUCCUCUACUGGGUUCUAUUGGGUUGGAAAUAGGUCACCGGUGCGGCCGGGAUGGAUCGUUGACGACUAAAAGCCCGAGGGAAGUGUCGGAAGAGGAUAAGAGAGGGGAGGGGAGCUACUGUGAAAAGGCGCGCGCAUAUGGGCCGCAGAGCUCGGACCGCUUGCCGGGUCGAGCGCAUACCCGAUUCGAUGUGUAG